AUGAACCGGUCCAUAGAACAGACACUUCUGUCGCUGAUGCCCACCCACAGCUCAGCUUUACCGCCGCCCCUGGUAGAGCUUGCCGGUUCCUUGCUGGCACAAUCGAGGCACCGGGCAAGCACGCUCAAGGCAGACGAAGAAGUCGGGCGGUUGUACGCCUGCGCCCACAUCGCUUGCGACAGACUCAAGAUCACAUUGGACCUCCCCCCAAUCGAGCCGCGGCCUCCAAUCCCUCCCCGAAUCUAUAAGCGCCUCUACAGUCACCUCGACAACAUCCUCCCCAACUCCGCCCUGAACCGCACGCCGGGAAAGAAUGGCACACCGCGACAGAGACAACGGCACGGAGUCGAUUCUCCCGUCAGGACGCCACACCGGCCGACGCCCACAAAGGAACGUUCCCUCGCGCAAUUUCGCUCAGGCGCAAGCGGGCCCAACACACCGACAAAAUCGACUGGCAAGGCCACCUACCCUUCGGACAAGUCCGGCCUCCACUUUUGGAUUCUGCCGACCAUCCGCUUCCUCUGCAAGCAGACGGGGCAGCGGCAGCUCGGGCCGACGAUCCUGGCGGGCAUGGAGUACAUCGUCGUCCCCGGCGGGCGAAGGACGCGCGACGCGUGGGUGAGAGCGAACCUCGCCGCGCUGUGCGGUGCUGUGUAUUACCUCGUCACGAAGCAGGCCAAGAGUCUCAAGCUGGGGGAGGGCGUCGAAAGCGAAUCGUACGUGCCCGAGCGGAAGCGUAUUCUCGAACUGCUUGCGAAGGCGAGGGAGGAGGUGGACUCGAGAGGGCUGGACGAGGACGAGGCGUGGGAAGGGUGGGCGCCCGUCAUGGCCGCGGAGUUCGACGCCGCUCUUGAGCAAGUCGCGAAUCGCGGGUGGCUUGAGGCCGAUUGGUAUCGCAGCCUCGGCGAUAUCAUCGAGGCGGGCAACGUGAUCGCCGACAGUCAUCGGCAGGAGGACUCGUACAGGGCGCCUGUGCGUGGAGCGGACACCAUGUUUCAGGACCGGUACGACUUCUUGAGUGAGAAGAAGCGCAGGGAGUACAGCACAUGGAAGGAAGAUAUCCUUAGGCGCAUCGAUGCGAUGGAGAAGGAGGGCGCGGAGGCCAUGGAUGUCGAUGACUGA